UUACAAUCAUGAUUCAAGCUGUCGACUGAAAAAAGCUCUCCAGUACACCGCGUAAUUAGUCAGGAGCUCGGUUCCUGCUGAGCUGCGCGAUUUUUUUUUCUUUUUUGGGCGGAACUAAGUGCCGGUCGAUUUUACUCUAAUGUGGGACAAAACGUAGUGACCUUAUGUUUCAUAGUUAAGCGAAUGAAUCUUGUACACUUAGGUAGCUUAAGGAAUACGACUGUGAUGUUCAAAAACCUGUAAAGUAUCGCUAAGCUCGGAAAAAAAGAACGUUUAGAAUGUAACACUUGAUUUACUCAACCGGAAACGAAUCGGAAUAAAACUCACCACCUGUAACUGAAAAAUCGAACUAGACAGUUUGAAAACUAUCCAGUGUCUUCAGAAAAUGUCGAUUAAAGGUGCCAGAAACAUAGAAAUACCUCAGCUUCACGGUAGAGGAGGCAGUGUUAGUGAGUGUGUGGAGUUAUUGGAAAGAGGGAAAAGCGAUCAACGACGGAAAGAUGACGAUAAUGGUGAUAAGGAUGAGUUUGAGUUUAUCAAGCUCAAGAAGAUGAUAUGUGGUCGUUGUGGAAAGAUACACCAUCGCAAAAAAUGCUCAGAGCUAGCAUUACACGAAGAAGAAGGCCACAAUUGGUGGUCGAUCAUCUUCUCGUUGCUGGUGAUUGGUCUGGUGAUAUCUGGCAUCGUGGCGGCCAUCUUUCUUGUCGGAUACGUCGACGAACUGCUCUACUGGCAUGGACAAAGGAUGCAGCUCGACGAAUUUUUACAGGGCGAGCUGACACCCCCUCGACUGCCUUCUUCUUGGAUAUCGCCCCACCACUUCGUCUUCCAAGCAGACGACGGUAGCCUUUCUAUACUAGACACUAGCAGGAAUUUUUCAGUCACCAUAUUAGUUACUAAUCAUACCCUGAGACAGCUGAACGUCAAAGGAUACCAGUGUUCUAAAGACCUCAGCUACGUACUGUUUCAACAUAAUCUUAAAUCAGUGUAUAGACAAUCCUUCACAGCCCACUACACUAUUUAUGACGUCAGCAAAGACCACUAUACGCCAGUAGAAAUUCGCCAAAAGAAUUUUCUGCAGGCAUCAGUUGCAAAUUGGACAAGUCACCAUAUUCCGGUACGGUUGGAGUCGUCGCCGAAAGCGCAACCGGAACGUCUCCAACACGUCUCUUGGCUGGGCAACACGACGUCGUUGUUGAUCGUCUUUGACAACGACAUCUACGUCAGGACGUCGCCAGUGGACGAAACUGACACGCAGCUGACGUUCACCGGAACGCCUGACGUCAUUUACAACGGAGUGCCUGAUUGGUUAUAUCAAGAAGACGUACUGCAGACCCCCGAAGCCCUGUGGAGUUCUCCGGACGGGUCUCACCUUCUCUACGCGACCUUCAAUGAUAGCGAGGUCGGCAUUCUAAACUUUCCGUGGUUUCACACGGGAGCCGUUUUGGGCUCAACCAAGACUGAAAAUAGAGGAGCGUCGUCGUUUCCCGGCUCCAGGACUGUCAGAUAUCCAACGCCUGGAUCCGCUAUUCCCGUGGUUCAGUUGUGGGUAGUGGAUAUUUCUAACCUUACUAACCUUGAACACCAUCCUGUGAUGCCUCCUAAAGCCUUAAUUGGACAAGACUUUUACCUAACGUCGGCAGGAUGGAUAGGUCAAAAGAACAAUCUUAUAUCAGUGGUGUGGAUAAAUCGGCCUCAGAACCUGAGUAUAAUUUCUUCUUGCUUAGCACCAAACUGGACGUGUAUAGAGACGCACGGAGAAAGAGCCCUAGAAAAAGCCUGGCUAGAAAUUCAGGCACACCCGGUAUUCUCACCGGACGGUGACAGUUUUUUAAUGUUGGCGCCUGUUAGAGAGGGCAGCAGGGAAACGUACACUCACAUCAAGCAUGUGACAGUUACGAGACAGCAUAUCGCAGUGCUCAGUCACGGACGGCACGAGGUUACUGAGAUUCUGUACUGGGACACAAACAGUCAUCUUAUAUACUAUUUAGCUACAGAAGAAAAUAAGCCAGGACAAAGGCAUUUAUACAUAGUAAGAGAUCCUAGUACCGAUGACCCUCGGAGGUUAGAAUCGCAUUGUAUCACAUGCGAUUUAGGAGAUGUUCUCUGGAGUAGCAGAUACUUGUAUGGAAACUGUACUCAUUUCAGUGCCCAGGUGAGCCCCCGAGCGGACAGUUCGCAUUCCCCAACGGCAGCCACCUACUAUGUGCUCCAUUGUGAAGGUCCCGGCCUCCCUUUGGCAGCAGUCCACAACGCUUCAACCCACAAGGUCAUCAAGGUCCUCUACGAUACUAGGCCGGCUAGAAGAGACCUCCUGGAUAAGUUCGCCAUGCCCAAGAAGAGGUGUAUAGAGUUGAGGUUGCCUCACGGAGGUCGUGCUCAGGCGCAGUUGUUGCUACCUCCCAGUUGGAGAGAGGAGCUCCGAGACGCUGCAUAUCCGGUGCUUGUCGAAGUUAAUGGUCGACCAGGCAGCAAAUCAGUCACUGAAGAGUUCAAGGUCGACUGGGGCACGUACAUGUCAAGUCACAGUGAUGUAGUGUACGUAAAGCUCGAUGUUCGUGGUGCUAAAGGACAAAGUGAUAGGUCCCUCUAUCACCAGUUAGGGGGCGUAGAAGUCCAAGAUCAGGUAACUGUGUUGGAGCAUCUUCUGGAAAAGCACAAGUACCUGGAUAAGACAAGAGUCGGACUUUGGGGUUGGGGAUAUGGUGGUUACGUGGUUUCUAUGGUGCUAGGGCUGGGCAACCAGCAGAAAGUGUUCAAGUGUGGCAUUGCCGUUAGUCCAAUAGCAGAUUGGUUAUAUUACAAUGCUGCAUUCACGGAGAAAAUCCUGGGCCUUCCAGCGGAAAAUUACAAGGGGUACGUGGAGGCUGACGCGACUCAAAGGGCUCGAAACAUCCCUAGGCAGUCGUUCUUUCUAAUACACGGUUUAGCAGACUUGACGGCACCCUAUACACAUGGCGUAGCCCUAGCCAGGGCCAUUGCGGAUGCUGGCGUCAUCUAUAGGUAUCAGAGCUACGCGAACGAGGGUCAUCUCCUGGAGGGUGUGAUCGAACACGUCUACAGAUCGAUGCAGAACUUUUUCGAAGAGUGCCUUAACCUCGACACGGACGAAAAACAGCGCGAGCGCGAAGAAAUGAAGGACGAAGCGUAGUAGUGUAAGACUCUAGAGCGACGGAACACGAAUCUGGACGCUCAGGCGGCUAUACGAGUAGUUGUGCGUGUGACGCGUGCCCCCAUUCGGUGGUAUACGCCCUUAGGAAGGGCUAUGCGAACUACCGAAAGGCUAAUUCAUGAAAACGACCGAGCAGAAUAACUAAUAGAAAGUGGGCGUACGUAUACAGGGUGUCCAAAAGUUAUGAAUAUAUCAUAAUAUCUCGAAAAAUGAGUUUCUUAGAAUGUGGAACAUAGUUCUUAGGUUUAAAACUGGUCAUCUAAUGGUGACCUUGAACGUGACCUUGAUUAUGAGCUUCAAGGCUAUUCGAGGGCGCCCAAAACGUAUGGAAAGGUCAAAAUAUCUAAGAUGAUUGGCAUAGACAUUAAGUGGUUGCCUUACAAUUAACAUUUAAGUUUAGCAUGACCUGCUUCACAUUCUAGAAAGACGUUUCAAAGAAAGGUUGCAAGAGGACAAAGUGACCUUGAGCAUAAUAAUGAUCGCAAUCUUUAAGGUCAUUUUAAAGUCCAGCGAAUAAUUACACUUUUUUACAGCUGAAUUGGAGGUAGUAGAAAAGUUUGCGUCCGAGUAUGACCUUCACUAUGAUCAUCAUCAUGAUCAGCAAGCCAUUUCACAGUCAAUCCAAGACACUGAAAACAAUUUGCUCUAGCUCUUGCUUCUAGAAUGUAGAACACAAUUGUUAGGUUUGAAAUAGGUCAUCUAGUGGUGACCUUGACUAUGACCUCCAAGGUCUUGUCAGUAUUUUCAUUUGAAAACUCCUAGUUUUGACAUCGCAAAUAAAAAAAGCGUAAAGUUUAAUGUUUAAGUAUAUCUUUUCCCAUGACCUUGACCAUGACCUUCAAGGCUAUUCGAGGGCGCCCAAAACGUAUGGAAAGGUCAAAAUAUCUAAGAACGUAGCAGAGCAAAGUUGUAAGAUUUGUGAAGGGUCAACGUGAACUUAACUAUAGCCUACAAGGUCAUUUGGAGGUCAAGACUGUUUUCUUUAAUGGAAUGCCCUGAUUUUUGCACCGGCAACAUAAAUAGCUUAAAGCGUUAUGUUCAGGAAUUUAGAUGAUGUGGACCAUGAUCAUCAAGGAUUUGAAGACCAAAUAAAUUUUUAGCGGGAAAUACCUAUUUUUAAUUCCUGAAAUGUAAAUUACGGAUAAUUUUACGUACGAAUAUAUCCUUUCUAGUGAACCUGACGAUGACGUACAAGGUCAUUUGAAGGUCAGAUACAUUUUUAAAUAAACUCCUUACUUCGAAACAUUUUACGGUCAAGGUGACAAUCAUCACCUUGGCUAUAUCCUUCAAGGUUAUUUGAAGAUCAAAUGAAUCUUUCAUUCUUGCUUCAAGAACACUAAUUUCUUAUUCCGCUACAUCGUCAUUCAUCGUAAAAUCUUCAGGGUCGUAGUCAAUGUCACGUUCAAACUCACCUUUAGAUGAUCAUUUUGCCCUACAACAUUUUUCUCUAAAUUGCAUUUGUUUGACGAAAUUUUGUUCUCCGUACCUUUUGAACUUCUUAAAUUGGCCUUCAAGGUCAUGGUCAAGGUCAUAGGCAAGAAAUCACUUGAGAGUAAAAUUUCCAGGUCUUUACAUUUACGGUUUUGAUUUGAGUUUGCAGUCCUCAUUUCCAACUGACCUUGAAGAACAGCCAAGGUCACGUUCAAGGUCACCUCUAAAUGAUCAUUUUCAAACUUUGCAAUUUUGCCGUGCAACAUUAUUCUCUAAAUUGCAUUUGUUUUGAUCAAAUUUUGUUCUCCGUAACUUUUGAACGCCCUAAAAUGACUUUCAUGCUCAUGCUCAAGGUCAUCGGUAAGAAACCACUUGAAAGUAAAAUUUCCAGGUCUCUACAUUUACGGUAUUGAUUCAAGAUUGCUGUCUUUAUUUCCAAAUGACCUUGAAGGAUAGUCAAGGUCACGUUAAAGGUCACAUCUAAAUGAUCAUUUUCAAACUUUGCAAUUUUUUCCUGCUACAUUUUUCUCUAAAUUGCAUUUGUUUGACGAAAUUUUGUUCUCCGUACCUUUUGAACUUCUUAAAUUGGCCUUCAAGGUUAUGGUAAAGGUCAUAGGCAAGAAAUCACUUAAGAGUAAAAUCUCCAGGUCUUUACAUUUACGGUUUUGAUUUGAGAUUGCUGCCUUUAUUUCCAAAUGACCUUGAAGGACAGUCAAGGUCACGUUCAAGGUCACCUCUAGAUGACCAUUUUCAAACUUUGCAAUUUUGCCCUGCAACGUUUUUCUCUAAAUUGCAUUUGUUUUGAUGAAAUUUUGUUCUCCGUACCUUUUGAACACCUUAAAAUGACCUUCAUGGUCAUGCUCAAGGUCAUCGGCAAGGAACCACUUGAAAGUAAAAUUUCCAGGUCUCUACAUUUACGGUAUUGCUUUAAGAUUGCUGUCUUUAUUUCUAAAUGACCUUGAAGGACAGUCAAGGUCACCUAUAGAUGAUCAUUUUCAAACUUUGCAAUUUUGCCCUGCAACAUUUUUCUCUAAAUUGCAUUUGUUUUGAUCAAAUUUUGUUCUCCGUACCUUUUGAACUCCCUAAAAUGACCUUCAUGCUCAUGCUCAAGGUCAUCGGUAAGAAACCACUUGAAAGUAAAAUUUCCAGGUCUCCACAUUUACGGUAUUGAUUCAAGAUUGCUGUCUUUAUUUCUAAAUGACCUUGAAGGAUAGUCAAGGUCACGUUAAAGGUCAUCUCUAGAUGAUCAUUUUCAAUCUUUGCAAUUUUGCCCUGCAACGUUUUUCUCUAAAUUGCAUUUGUUUUGAUGAAAAUUUGUUCUCCGUACCUUUUGAACGCCUUAAAAUGACCUUCAUGGUCAUGCUCAAGGUCAUCGGCAAGAAACUUCUUGACAGUAAAAUUUCCAGGUCUCUACAUUUACGGCAUUGGUAUAAGAUUGCCGUCUUCAUUUUCAAAUGACCUUGAAGGAGAGUCAAGGUCACAUUCAAAACAACCAUUAUAUGACUCUUUCCAAACCUCUCAACUUUUUUCUAUAACAUGUUUCUCUAUAAAACGUAUUUUCGAGAUAUUUUGAUGAAAUUGUAUCUUUCAAUUGCUGCUUGGCCUAAAAGUCGCUCCUCUGGCCAUUCUUUUGAUAAAGAGAAAAAGUGCGAAGACGAGGAUAACUUUAUGAUGAAAUAAUAAUAUUAAAACCUAAGAGCAUAUUAUUUUGCCCAAUAUGGGUGCAUUCAGAAACUUGUUUGAUAAACGUUAAAAGCUGUUAGAAAAUGCCUAGAAAAGCAAUAGAGCUUGUCAGCUGUUGGUUAUUCUAAGCCCCUGUUUUCUUGAAUUGGCCUUCAAGUGAGUUUUCGCAAGAGGAUACAUCAUUUUGUUCUCAAGAUAUAAUCGAAACCUGGCCUUCUUGGCGCUUUUUUUAAGUCAGUCGUUAUUAAUAACAUAAGCACGUUUGUAGUGAAUGUGAAUGGCGAUAUCCUCUCUCGAUGUCACUUGAGGUAGAAAGCUGGUAUUGUGUGAUUUUUGGAUUUUUGCGUCUAAAAGAUAUGCCCAAGUUUCUAACACAAAAAAAAUUUCCUUUCAGUUAAAACGACUUAGCUUAAAAAACGCUUUCCGAAAUGCACCUAAUCUUCAAAAAAACUAUAUUUUUUCUUGUUCUCAAAACUCAGACAAUAACAUGCUUCCAUAUGUGUGUAAGCGCGAAGGUAUAUUGAAAAUUUCUGGGCCUUACAAUGAAUCACUGCGGUUUUCAUUUAAACAAUGGUUAUAUUUGGAUGUGAUGCAAAAAUCCCGAAAUUCUCUACCAAGGCAAUCUGAGUGAUACAAUCAAUAAAUAAUAUCAAACAAAAUAAAAAAACGGUAUUCGUAGUGCGUGUCUAGUGACUCUGAAUUAGGAUUAUUAUUAAUUACUGUUUUUGUUAUACUUUAAUAGAUGACGCUAUGUACUAAAUGGACAAUUUUAUAAUAAUGUAGAUAAAUAUACUACACAUCUUUUCUCCACUUUUUGCUAAACAACAAUCAAUAUUAACUAUAUACUACGUAUUAUUUUUUGCAAGUCUAUAAUUACUAUGUUUUGUAAUUAUUUAAUUCUGUAAUUUUAAAUGUAACAUAUUGCUUUAUUCGUAGUUUCCUUUUUCGGUAAAACAUGGCACAGGGUACAUACUACAUCUUGAGGAGUAUCAAGUAUAGGAACGAAUUUUUUUCCACAUCCGUUCAAUUUUUUUUAUAAUAAACAAGUACCUGUUUUAAAUGUGAUUUAUAACAAAAUAUACCUGUUGAUUUAGUCCAUGAAGUAUUUUCACAUUCGUUUGGAAAAAAUAUUGUUAUUUUGCCACAAAGGUCCUCUUUUGAAAAUUAAUAAUUCCGAAUUUCUUUAAGCUUUUGGGUUUAUUCUAAAAAAAUAUUCUUAUGAACUUUUUUCUAAAGUUAAUAGUUUUCGAAAAAUAAAUUAUUUAAUAUUUGAAAAAUGCAACGUAUUCGAGUUUCGACUCCAACAAACAAUAUGAAAAAAACUAAAAUAUCAAUGUUGCCAAAGUUGCGAAAUAUUCUUGAAAAAUCCAUUAAAAAAAUUCAUAAGCAGUUUAAGGGGUAUUGUUAUUGCAAACUUUUAUUUUUGAGCUGUUAAUCAAGUUUUGUCAUUAAAAACCAUUAAAAAACAAAGCUUUCGUUAAUAGAUGUUCAAAAAAGAUUCAGGAACUUUAGCAAUAUUAAAAAUUUCGAUUUUACGUAUUGUUUUUUUGGGGUCGAAGUUUGCAUACUUUGCAUUUUUGCAAAAUUUUCGUUUUUAAAAUCACUUACAUCUUGAAAAGACCAUAAGAACCAUAUUUAUUCAGAAUAAAAGCUAAAAACAAGUGUCCAAGACAGUUUUUGAUAUUUGUUUAGAAUAAUUGUUUAAACAACUUUUGACGCAAUUUUGACCUUGGCAGCAUGCACAUCCCUUAAAGAGGCCCUUUUUAAAAGACACAAAACAUAAAACCCUCCUUUGAACUAAAAUAUUCAUCUAGUAGGUAAACUCAAUUUAAUCUAUUUCUCUAUUAAUUUGAGGUCGUAUACUCAAAAGAGAAGCAAAUCUUUCAAGAAAUAUUCGUUUCUAUACCUGCCAAUCCAAAAUCAAUCUGCAUCUUAUGAAAAAUACGCAAUCUAAAACUUCUAAAAUAGUGAUGAGUUUUACUGACAAGGACUUUCUACUAACCCUGUAUUAUAUAGAUGCCCAAAUUUUCAAAGAUCGACGUCUUCCAAAUAUGCAAAAUAAAAAAUGGUAAUGGUUUAAAAUAUGUUGAUAUGUUACCAUUCCUUUAGACAAUAAACAGAUGUAAAAGUUGUUGAGCAUUUAAAAUACAUAAUAUAUAAUUAUCUAAAAUGUUACUUUCUAUGUAAAAUCAUUCGCGAAAAUUUGGGCACUAUUGAUUUUGCUACCUAAGUAUUUGCCUUAAAAAAUAUAACAGGGUAAUAUAUUUUCUUUGUUGAUUAUUCUUAGUUACUGUUUUAAUAUUAUCGUAUAAGUUGAAAUGUGAUAGAAUGGACUAAGUGUUAUCGUUGUACAUAGUAUAUAAACAUCGGUUCUUAAUCGAAUAUUCGUUGGACUUAAAUAUAUUACAAGUGCAUUACACGUACGCGCCUCAACAAAAACAACACAGCAUUUUGAGCUUCUCAAAAAAAAAUCACGAAGGAUCUUGAAAAGCGAUCUGCAUGCACUCGUGAAGCCUCGGUAGCAUUUCGAAGACACCCUCACCGUAAAUUAAAAUAAUAUGGACAACUUUUUACUAAGCUCUGGUGUAUAUGUUACUAAUGACAAUGUUUAAGGUUUUCCAGACAAAAUCGCUUACAUCUCGAAAACAGUCACCUUUUAAGGAAAUAACCUUUUUGUUGAAACAACCUAAAAACACUUUUCGGAGCUAAAUGUUUUGUAAUUUGUUUAAAAAAUUUUUCAACCACUCUGACGCCAGGUUCCUACCCGCUUAAUCUUAUGAGUGAGUAUAAAAAAAAGUUGAAAUAUAAAACUUGCUGGGGUACGUACAGAAAAGCAAUAAUUAAAUUAAAAAACGUAAUAAUUUAUGGACAUAUCAAAAUCAUUUUUAAAGUAGACUAGAUCGUAGACGUUCGAUAGAGCUGCGUAAUAUAAAAAAAUGCUAAAUCGGUACUGUAAAAAUGUUUGUAAGUCUAUAUGUAUUCGUACAAAGUAUAAUGCAGCUGACACUUGUAAUAUUUUUAAGAAGAUGCUUCCGUUUUGCAAUAGACCCGACGUUUUGAAUUUUAGUUCAGUAGUGCGUGUUAUAUUUUGUGCUAACUUAACAUACCUAUCAGGAAUGGUAGCUGCACUCAUUUACUUGAAAGACUUGAAUUACUUAGGUAAAAAGUUCACAAUUUUGGUUUUAUUUCACCACCAAAAUUACGUCAAUCGAAUAUUCUCGAAAAUGGGAUUUAUUUUAUUUUGAACCCACGUACCAUUCCUGAAAUAAUUAUUACCUUAAUAUCUAACAUAGUCUAAUUAUACAAAAAGCAAUAUGUUGCAGUAUCAUUUAACAAAAGUUGAUGUUCAGGAAAAGAAUCAAGGUUCACCGCCGUAUUCAAAACAGGAAAAUUUUAAGCCACUUGCAACUACAUCAGGUUAGCUUCAAAUUAGGAUACGCCAAGAUUUUCAUAGUUCCUCUUCUAUUCCCUUUUACUUAGACACUACAGAACUUAAAAUUGCAAAUAUGGGGGAAUCGAACAUGAAUAUAAUAUGGAAAAUUCAAAUAAACUUCCAACUGACAUUUUUGACAGAUUGCAUUUUGUGAUAGAACCAACUACCGGUGCAUACAAGUAAGUGUUGCUACUCAUCAUAUGUAUAUAUCAGUAGUACUAUGAUUGCCAUCUAUGAUGUAAUAGUUCAACUACAGUCCAAGUAGCACUGACUUCCGGUGGAUAAGAGCAAGUGUUGACACUCAUGCAUUUAAUUUGGUAGAAUUAUAGGCGCCAUCUGUACAAGAGUAACCUAAUCAUAUUUUAAAAAUUGUAUUUGAAAUCUACGUACUGGAUUCACCAAUUUUCAUACAGAUGACACAUACGCAAGGAUCUUAAAAAAUAAUAGGUCUAUCAGCCCUAAAAGGGACAGCUUCUUUUUUCUGAACAUCAAACGAUAUCCCUAUGUUGAAAGUAGUACAGAUAAUGUCAAUUAUAACUGGUUUUAAUCGUGUUGGUAGAUAAAAAAUCUACUAUAAGAAACGAAUCGCAGAGCCUAUUUUUUGUGUACACUGCUAAAAACCAAACGAACAAGAUAACUGCUUUAGAAGCUUGGCUUAGAACGAAAGAACACACGCCUAACCAGGUACAUAUUUUUUAAGUAUACUUUUGGUUCAAUAUAUGAGGACGUUGAUUCUACAGUAAUUCUGUCUUCUAUUAGUCAGAAAUAAUCCAAAAGAAUUAGGAAGUAAUGUGAAUAUUAUAUAACGGCAUCUUACUAUCAGCUACAUGCUAGUAUUCAAUUGUAUGCCGUAAAAAUGCCUGGUCUGUGAAGUCUGCCCUAAUCCUUUUGGCACAGUUCUGGCAUUCUGAAUUGAAAUACAAAUAAUUAGUCAAACGAUAAUAUGGAGUGAAAUCCAUAUAUCACUGACGUCGUAAGAGAAGCGUGCAAUACGUGUGUUAGAAAGAGAUAGAAGCACCUCGUUGCCUAGCAACUUAGUGGUGAGGCCACGGACGCAGCUGCGGCUUAGCGCGUUGCCAUCGGCGCACUCUUUCUAACACCUAUAUUGUUUCUUGUGCUUCUCUCUCUAAUCCUCACCUUAUGUUCAGGCUCUUAUCGAGCUAUUUUCGCUGCACUGCAACUUUGUUUUUUUUUUGGUAUUCAGAUAAAAAAAUGCAGGCCUUUACUUUCGUAACUACCAUGGUUAAGGUUGCCUGAAUGAUUUGUAUGAAUAUGAAGAUAAUUAGAAAUUUCUUCAGAGGCAGUUAUAUAGCAAUUAUCCAAAACUAAUCAAGAAAAUGGUUGUGAGAAGUAAGCAUUUGCAUCCAAAAGUGUACAUUUUUGCUUAGAUUAAUUACAUACCUAAACGCUGUGUGACACAGUGUAAUAUAUAGACAAUCUGAAAAAAUGUUGAAAGUUCCUUUCCAUUUUUUACACUUGGAUCCUAUAACAGCGAACGCUUCAAAAGGAAAACACCAAUGUUUUCAUAAAAAAAUGUAACUUGGAGUCUUUGCAAAAGAAAUUGCGUCCUUUUUAUCUACAAAUCAAAGGUAAAGUGAUAUAGAACUCGAAUACAACAGAGUAAGAUACAUUCCACUGAUAUAUUGAAAAUAGAUGAUUCAAAUGAAAUGUCUAGGCCUAGAUUUUACAUGGAAUCUCUUUUGCUAAAACUCCAAUGAUAAAAAAAUAUGGAGAAACAUGGAUAAUGCUUAUUAUCCGAAUAUUGCCACGAUAUUGUGUAAAAUCAAAACAUCACAUAGGUACACCUAGAGCCAGAUAGGUAUGAGUAGUACCGCUGAAGCACACGAAACGGCUUAUGCUUUGGAAAUGAGAUACAUCUCUCAAGGUAAGCGAUCUCAGAAAAUGUCAACGCCUAAGCCUCACGUUGAUAAUACCCAUUUAUAUUACUAUCGUUAGUAUCGUGGAGAUAUAACGGAUGAAUAUGAAUUUUUAAAAAUACAUGUAGUUGUGUAAUAUAUGAACUUUCAACGGCUUAAACUUAGGUACACUUACUUACAUGUACUUGUAAAAAAUUGUUAACUAUUUAAUAUUAAAUUUUUCGAAUCAACAAAAACAAUAAAUAC